ACAGCUGACAGCUUCGUGAGCCGCGCGGCACUGUCAACAAAACCGGUCAACAAACAAAGCAGCCGCUAUUUUCAAACAACGGUCAAACUUUCGUGGCCAAUGAUUGCGCCUUCCGUUCGCCUGUGCACCGCAAAAUGAGCGUCAAAAUGGGAGCGAACGUGUGCCCGAUCACCGAGGAACGGUCGGGCACGGUGCGCGAGGUCGGCGGGCAGGCGGUGUGGAGUCUUUCGUCGUGCAAACCGGGCUUCGGUGUCGAUCAGCUGCGCGACAACUCGAUGGAAACGUACUGGCAGUCUGACGGGCAGCUGCCCCAUCUGGUCAACAUACAGUUUCACCGGAAGACGACGGUGAGCCAGAUUUACAUCUACUCCGACUACAAGCUGGACGAAAGCUACACCCCGAGCCGGAUAUCGAUCCGCUGCGGGACGCACUUCAACGAUCUACAGGAGGUGGAGGUGGUGGACCUGUGCGAACCGUCCGGCUGGGUCUGUAUACCGAUCAAGGAGUACGAGGAGAUGCUGAUGUGCACGUUCAUGAUACAGAUCGCGGUCAUCAGCAACCAUCAGAACGGGCGCGAUACGCACAUGCGCCAGAUCCGGAUCCACUCGCCGACGGAGGGUUCGCAGUAUCCGCUCGAACAUCACGGCAAGUUUAGCACGAUAGAGUUUUCCCAGUUUAGAACGAUACGCUAG